AUGCUGUACCUCGUUGGUCUCGGUCUCUCUGAUGAGACGGACAUUACUGUCAAGGGCCUCGAGGUCGUCAAGAAGGCCUCUAGGGUCUACCUGGAAGCCUACACCAGCAUUCUCCUCGUUGACAAGGCCAUCUUGGAGAGCUACUAUGGGCGCGAGGUCGUAAUCGCCGACCGCGAAAUGGUCGAGUCCAACAGCGACGAGAUCCUCCGCGAUGCGCAGACCGAGGAUGUUGCCUUCCUCGUCGUCGGUGAUCCCUUCGGCGCCACUACCCAUACCGAUCUCGUUCUCCGUGCUCGCGAGCUCUCGAUCCCUGUUGGCACCGUUCCCAACGCUUCAAUCAUGUCUGGCAUCGGCGCCACUGGCCUGCAACUGUACAACUUUGGCCAGACCGUGUCCAUGGUCUUUUUCUUAGAUAAUUGGAAACCUGCCUCGUUCUACGACCGCAUCAAGGAGAACCGGGAUAUUGGUCUGCACACGCUUGUGCUCCUCGAUAUCAAGGUCAAGGAGCAGAGCUUGGAGAACAUGGCACGUGGACGCAAGAUUUACGAGCCCCCAAGGUACAUGACUGUCGGUCAGUGCGCUGCGCAGAUGCUAGAGAUUGAAGAGGAAAAGAAGGAGGGAGUCUAUGAACCUGACAGUCUUGCGGUUGGAGCGGCGCGCGUGGGUGGCAAAACCGAGAAGUUUGUUGCCGGUACGCUGAAGGAGCUUUGCGACACUGAUGAAAUUCUUGGAGGACCUUUGCACAGCAUGGUUCUACUCGGAAGAAGGGCGCAUGAACUCGAGCGGGAUUACAUCCGCGAAUUCGCGUUCAACAAAGAGACAUUCGACAAGAGCUGGGAGGCAGGUUAUGGGAAGCAAUAG